CUCAUCCUCCCUUCUCAACACAACUCAUUCGCCGCUAGACUUGGCCGUGUGAUUUCUUAACAACAAAGAAUUGUGUUUCCAGGACAAGUUCAUCAUACUCUAUACUAUCGAUCCUAACUACUUCAAGCAGCAAAACAUGGUUGAAACAAUUGGGCCUACUGCUGCUGAAGCCCGCCAAGCAACCGAUGAAGUCGAAGUCAGCAAGGAAGCCAGCAAAGCAGUCACUGGAGUAACUACUAGAGCAGUCGAAGUCAGCAAGGAGGCCACCGGAGCAGACACUACAACAGUCACCAAGAAGCCAGAUGUGCUGUCCUGGUUAUGGCUCCCCCAUGAAGUCGUCUACGUGGUUGUUGGGCCUGAGGAACAAAGGUUUGGAAUCCACAAAGAUAAGCUGUGCUCUAGCUCGGCCUACUUCAGGGCGGCUUUUGAAGGCAGCUUUCAGGAGGCCGUUCGAGGCGAGGUGGUUCUAAAGGAAACAAGUGCUAUGGCCUUUGGCAUGAUGAUUGAAUGGCUUUAUGCUGGGAAAAUCUCGGAGGAGCUGUGCACGGACAGUGAUCUCUCGAUUGCAGACAAGAUGGUUAAAGACAAGCCUACGUUCUCUCAGCUGCUCGAUGUUUGGAUCCUCGCAGACUACCUGAUAGCGCCCCAGUUACAGAAUUUCGUUAUCGACACGAUGACAUCAAGGAUCAUGAAAAGGCGUUUACCACCCGUCAAGGACUUCGUAUAUUUCUAUGAACACACCCAAAGCGGCUCGCCGAUGCGCAAGUUUUUGGUGGACUUGUGCAUAUGGCGCUAUCGUGAAAAAGCCCCAUUAUAUCGGACAGAUGUUGCCUUCAUGCCACGCGAGAUGGCUGGAGAUAUCAUGAUGAUGCUCGCUAUGCGAGCUGAAAGGUCGACCAGAGGCCCUGCCUUUGCUGCCAGAAACUAUUAUGUUAAGGUUUAAGGCCUCCAACAACGAUUCUGCGAACAGUGCCUUGUCGGGGGGUGUCUUAAGUGAAGAAGAGAGGAGGAGUCACUCUGCGAGCAACGACGAGAGAGCUAAUAUCACAAAGAAACUCAGUAUCUUUUAUCUAGCGGUAAUAACAUGAACUUUACUCGCUGAAUACGACGUUGGCGGACCUGGAAUGCAAGGGAAUCAAGAAGACGGCAAGAAGAGAGAAGAGACUCAGCUACAGAAUGAAACUUUAUGACAGA